AUGGCCGAGUCUUCUCUUGAUGUUCUGCUUAAAGGCAGCUCCGGCCAACGCACACGCGGUCUAUUGCGGAUCAUCAUUAUCUUGACGAUUGCAGCCGCCGCCGUCGCCAGUCGAUUGUUCAGUGUUAUUCGCUUUGAAAGUAUUAUUCACGAAUUCGACCCUUGGUUCAACUUCCGAGCCACAAAAUACUUGGUUGAGAAUGGUUUCUAUAGUUUCUGGGAUUGGUUUGAUGACCGAACAUGGCACCCUCUAGGUCGUGUCACUGGUGGCACAUUGUACCCCGGUCUGAUGGUGACUAGCGGCGUGAUCUACCACAUUCUACGCCUCCUGACGAUCCCUGUCGAUAUUCGGAACAUCUGCGUUCUGCUCGCCCCCGGUUUCUCUGGCCUCACGGCUUUGGCCAUGUAUCUUCUGACAUGUGAAAUGUCAACCUCCCCAUCAGCUGGUCUCUUGGCUGCAGCAUUCAUGGGAAUUACUCCUGGUUAUAUCUCACGUUCCGUGGCUGGCAGUUAUGAUAACGAGGCCAUUGCCAUCUUCCUCCUGGUAUUCACCUUCUACUUGUGGAUCAAGGCUGUUAAGAAUGGCUCAAUCAUGUGGGGUGCCUUGGCAGCUCUCUUCUACGGAUACAUGGUGUCCGCUUGGGGUGGUUAUGUCUUCAUCACCAACCUCAUUCCUCUCCAUGUCUUCGUCCUCCUGUGCAUGGGCCGCUACAGCUCUCGCACCUACAUUGCCUACACCACAUGGUACGCUCUGGGUACGCUCGGAAGUAUGCAGAUUCCUUUCGUGGGAUUCUUGCCCAUCCGCAACAGUGACCACAUGGCUGCCCUGGGGGUGUUUGGACUCCUUCAGCUCGUAGCAUUCGCCGAAUUCGUCCGGGGCUUCCUGCCCGGCAAGCAGUUCCAGAAGCUGCUGACCUCUAUGGUUCUGUUGACUUUCGGUCUUGGAUUUGCUGGUCUGGUUCUGCUCACUGUCUCUGGUGUCAUUGCUCCAUGGAGUGGCCGUUUCUAUUCUUUGUGGGAUACCGGCUAUGCCAAGAUUCACAUUCCCAUUAUUGCGUCUGUCUCUGAGCACCAGCCCACUGCUUGGCCCGCUUUCUUCUUUGAUCUGAACUUCUUGAUUUGGCUCUUCCCUGCUGGUGUGUUCUUGUGCUUCCAGAAGCUCAACGAUGAGCACGUGUUCGUUAUCAUUUAUGCUGUGCUCUCCAGCUACUUCGCUGGCGUCAUGGUUCGUUUGAUGCUGACACUCACUCCAAUUGUCUGUGUUGCUGCGGCUCUUGCUUUGUCUAGCGUUCUUGACAACUUCCUGGUUAUGUCGAAACCUACUGCUGAGACUCAAGCCAAGGCCAAUGCUAAAGAUGCUAAGAUUUUUGGCAAGAUGAAGAAUCCCGUCGUCGGCAUUUAUUCGUACUUCUCGAAGGCCUUCGUGACCGGCUCGUUGACCCUCUAUCUGCUCAUCUUCGUUGCACACUGCACUUGGGUUACUUCCAACGCCUACUCCUCACCUUCAGUUGUUCUGGCCAGUCGUCUGCCGGAUGGAAGCCAAAUGAUCAUCGACGAUUACCGUGAAGCAUACUACUGGCUCCGUCAAAACACUCCCGACAACGCUAAGAUCAUGUCUUGGUGGGACUAUGGUUACCAGAUUGGUGGCAUGGCUGACCGCCCCACUCUGGUAGACAACAACACCUGGAACAACACACACAUUGCCACCGUUGGUAAGGCUAUGAGCUCCCGCGAGGAGGUCAGCUACCCUAUCCUCCGUCAACAUGAUGUUGACUAUGUUCUGGUUGUGUUCGGUGGUUUGCUGGGCUACUCCGGUGAUGACCUCAACAAGUUCCUGUGGAUGGUCCGUAUCGCUGAGGGUAUCUGGCCGGAUGAGAUCAAGGAGCGUGACUUCUUCACUGCUCGUGGCGAGUACCGUGUUGACGAGGAGGCUACUCCCACCAUGAAGAACAGUUUGAUGUACAAAAUGUCUUACUACAACUACCAGUCGCUCUUCCCCGCCGGUCAGGCUGUUGACCGUGUCCGUGGCGUGAAACUGCCGGCCGAAAGCCCACAACUCAACACCCUUGAGGAGGCAUUCACCAGUGAAAACUGGAUUAUUCGCAUCUUCAAGGUCAAGGACCUCGACAACCUUGAUCGUGACCACAGCAACGCCGUUGCCUUUGAGAAGGGUAUCAAGCGUAAGCGUGCCACUAAGAAGAAAGGCCCUCGCGUUCUGAGAACCGAGUGA